GAAACAAUUAACCUGAAUACAAUUCAAAAAACAAAUAUAGAGCAUGAAUAUAUUGUCCCUAGCACAAAUGAAAAUAAUGAUAUUCUUUAUAUUGUUAAUAGCAAGUUCGGCAAUUACUCUUGCCCUGUUGGAAUGUCAGAUGAUCGCACAAUUUAUGCACAUAUAGCACUUGGUUAUAUUGCCCAAGAUAUGUCCUUUUACGCUUCAUUACAUGCGCAACCAAUUUUACAAGAUCAAGAA